GAAACCAACCAAGCUGGACCAUCAUGGCCACUACAGCGCGGCAUGUAUGUCGCACACUGUUCCAGGUCAGCCGACAGAUACCUGUGAAAAGAAAAUGCCAGCCGCAACUUCUCGUACGGCAUCGACAAGCCACUUCCUUUAGACCCCUGUCAACGACCAUCUCACGGCAAGCGGACACUCCUCGUAACCGGCAAACUGACGACUCUGUCGAAGAUGAGUCCGACGAAAUCGAUCCGAGUGAAUACCUCACGCCCAGAAACAUGAUCACGGUCGCAGACUUUGGCCCAGAAGAACGUGCAGACUACGACAUGCUCUCCAAGGACAAGCAGGAAUCAUACCUCGCCCUACAGAAUCACUACGCCGCAGUGUUGGAGUCAGCCGAGGCCGAACGAGAAUACAGUGACACCAUAGACAAGAUUGACAGACAAAUCGAAAAAGAGAUGGAACCGCUCGAUUUUCCAGAAUACCAGAUCCCCUACAAGGAAGUGGGCUAUUGGGCGCACAGCGAAGAAGACGAAUUUGGUCAGGUAGAAGAAGAUGCUCCAUGGGAUGACUCUGCGAUCAGCUCUGUCGCCCACAGCGAGUUGGAGGUACAUCGCGAGCUUCGAGAGUAUACUCGGGUGAUCGCGUGGGACAUGCCACUACUCAAUCAAUACACUAAACCAUUUCAACCUCCAACGGAAGCCACCCCCUUACGAUUCCGGUAUACGACGUACAUGGGCGAAGUUCACCCAGCUGCGAAGAAAGUGGUCGUGCAAUUCUGCACGAAAGACUUGCCGAAUCUCUCAGAAGCGCAGCGAAUAAAACUGGUCAAACUCGUUGGACCGCGGUACAACCCUGAUACAGAUGUCGUCAAGAUGUCGUGUGAGAAGUUUGAAGCCCCUGCCCAGAACAAGCGGUAUCUAGGCGAUUUGGUGAACAAGUUGCUCGAGGAGGCAAGAGAUGGCAAAGACACAUUUGAAGACGUACCCCUAGACCUGCGGCAUCACAAGUCCAAGAAGCAUGUGGAAUUUCCGGAGGAGUGGAAGAUCAAGCCGGCUCGAGUGCAGGAGUUACUGAGUGCAAGGGAAAAUCAAAAAUUCCUGGAGUCUGCCGACGCAUCAACUCCUGACGGCCGGGAGACGGUGGAGAGCUAUGUACGAACAUUGAGUCAAAGUCGUUGGGGUCCAGCUGCGCAGAAGCAGAGGACACUGUAAAGAUUCGAUUGUAAAAACAUGAUCCUGUGAGGGAAAAUUCAAGAUUCUCAUUCAUUGAAAA